CCCUCAACCUCACUCGACAGCAAUCAUCCAGACAGGAGACUUUCCGCCCUAGCCCGCUAUUCCAAGUCGGUUCUGCAUAUCCUCACAAAAUCUCCCUGCCCUCGUCCUGUGUUGUUCGCCAAUUCUCCUCCUCUUAUCCACCUCCAUAAUCGAAUAUAUUUCGACCCUACGGCCUUCAUCCAACCCGUCUCCGUUCUCAUCAAGCUUGAAGCUUUGCCCUUGCCGACUCGUUUCUGUUUAGCGAAACGCAGGAUCACUAAUACCUAUUACACCUCGGCUUUAUUUCGAGUUUUCUCAACCCAUAUCACAAAAUGCCUGCCAUUCAGCGCUCCGUUGUCGUCCGCGACACCCUCAACCUUAUCGCCAAGCGCAGCAACUGGGCUGGCCGCGAGGCUGGUGUCAUUGUCGUCUUCUGCGUCGUCUUCAUCGUUCUUGUCGGCCUCGUUGCUCUAUUCAUCCACAAGAAGUGCGCUGCUCGCCGGGAGCGCAAGGCCCAGUUUUAAGCUACCUACACAAACUCAACAACAAGUUUGAACCUACCCCUCUCCCAUUUCACGCAAGAACAUGUCGGCCACAAUGAAGAGAUGAAGAUAGGAUGAGGGAUGUUAAUGAAAUCGUUAUGAUUUGGACCUUUGGGAGAGGGGUGGUAUGUAUGUGGAAAAUGAAUUUGGGAAGGUUUCUCGGAUUGAAUGGGUGUUUUGGACGGGGAGGAAAUCCCUCCUACUUACUAUGAGCUUCCUCAUGAGCUUACUUUGGCUGCAAAAGUGGAAGACAAGGAGUGCUAUUUCAAGGCGCGGUCUGGAGAAUGGGAAGAAGGGUCUCCCGGAUUCGUCAUUUCAUUUUCACCGACACACACGCACCAUCAUCCGAUACCGAUAUUGGUCGUUUUCCAGCCAUUGUUUGCUGGCCACAACCUUUAUUACCAUUUCCCCCUCGGUAUUCGAUUCUCCUUUUGCGGUUCAAGGGAGGACAUGGGAUAACACGGCCAACACGGAAAUGGUUAAUCUCUGCAAGAGGGCCAUUUCUAGUCGAACCUUGAGCUUUUCAACGGCGACUUUUCUUUGGACUUGUGGACUGCAGCCUCAACGGACAUUGAGAUAUCGCCAUCGCCAAGGUCGGAGCAAGGGAAAGGUGGACGUUUGUGGGGGACCCUGAACGCCUUUUCACCACUGCUGCAGCCUACUAUAAGCUCCUUCUAUACUUCAGUCAUCUCUUAAUAUUAUUGAUACCUAGUUUGUCUACUCAUGACAAUGUCGUUUGUU